AUUUGACUUAGGUAGUUUAGCUUUCAAUUUUAUCAAUUGAAACCAAUUCCUUUUAAUUUUUUGACAAAUACUUUGGUGUUCUGUCGUCAUUUAGGUCGUUUUCCUGCCCCAGAGUUGGGGAUCCACCUUUCUAUAUUUACACACCCAACUAGGAAGUAGGUCAGACGUGUAAAUCAUGUAAGAUCGUAUAUAAGUACGGUUUCUUGAAACGUGUCGUCAGAAAAUAACGGAGUGGCGAUCAACACAGAGCAAUAACAUUUCAUCAAUAGCCAAAGUGUAACACUGUCUGCAUAAAGAUGUGUGGGAUAUUUGCAUACUUGAACUACAUGGUUCCCGCCAAAAGGAAGGAGAUCCUGGAAAUUCUCCUCAAUGGACUCAAACGCAUGGAGUACCGAGGAUACGACUCCGCAGGUGUUGCGUUUGACUGCAAUGAAGAAUUCCCGGACAAGAAAUGCUCCAUCAAGAUGGUGAAGAAACGGGGCAAGGUGAAGGAGCUCGAGGCAGAAUUACAGAAGGAAAAUGGUUUAUGCCGUGAGAAAGAGUAUGAGAUUCACUGUGGGAUUGCCCAUACCCGAUGGGCGACACACGGAGAGCCCAAUGAGGUCAAUAGUCACCCACAGAGGUCAGAUCCUAACAACGAGUUUGUGGUGGUCCACAAUGGCAUCGUCACAAACUACAAAGACAUCAAGGAGUUCCUGGUAAAGAAGGGAUUCGAGUUUGAGUCUGAGACGGACACGGAGGUGAUUGCCAAGCUGGCCAAGCAUGUUUAUGACUCGUACCACCACGAGUCAUCCUUCAGACAGAUCGUGGAAAUAGUCGUCCAGCAGCUGGAGGGAGCCUUUGCCCUCGCCUUCCUGAGUUCUCACUUCCCAGGGGAGUGUGUAGCUACAAGGCGUGGUAGCCCCCUCGUCAUUGGAGUGAAGAGCAAGGCAAAACUCUCCACCGAUCACAUCCCGGUUUUCUACAGCAAAGGCAUGAAAGAUUACAAUUCUGUGAAUGAAGAUGGAUGUCAAGUUUGUCAUGAUAACAACUAUAACACAUGCGUUGAUACAAUCUGUAGCGAGCAAGGAAACUCUCGUAAACAAACAGACAGUUUUGAAAAUAACCGGAGUUUCCUUGCCCCUACAGCCCCAAAAAGGGCUUUCUCAGAGACGGAGUACCACACUGUUGGACCUGAGAAGGAAGUGGAAUACUUCUUUGCUUCAGAUGCCAGCGCCAUCAUUGAGCACACCAACCAGGUGAUAUACCUGGAGGAUGACGAUGUUGCCGCAGUGACAAAGGGAAGCCUGACGCUUCACCGGAUCAGACGGACGGUUCCUGGCGGGGGCGGCAAGGUGCAGGUGGAACCAGCUCUCCGCGAGAUAGAGACACUGCAGCUCGAACUCCAGCAGAUUAUGAAAGGUCAGUACAGCACAUUCAUGCAGAAGGAAAUCUUUGAGCAGCCAGAGUCGGUUGUGAACACGAUGAGGGGCCGUGUAAUCUUCGAUGAGAACACCGUGAUGCUAGGUGGUCUGAAGGAGUACAUCUCUGAGAUCAAACGGUGCCGCAGACUGCUGUUCAUCGCCUGUGGGACCAGCUACCAUAGUGCUGUUGCUACUCGCCAGCUACUUGAGGAAUUGACUGAGCUGCCUGUCAUGGUGGAGCUGGCCAGCGACUUCCUGGACCGCAGCACCCCCGUCUUCCGGGAUGACGUAUGCUUCUUCAUUAGCCAGUCAGGAGAGACAGCUGACACAUUGAUGGCGUUGAACUACUGCAAGGCCCGUGGAGCGCUCAUUGUCGGCAUCACAAACACUGUUGGUAGUAGCAUCUGUCGGUGUUCCCACUGUGGUGUUCACGUUAAUGCAGGACCAGAAAUAGGCGUUGCCAGUACAAAGGCGUACACUAGUCAGUUUAUUGCGCUGGUGAUGUUUGGUCUGAUGAUGUGUGAUGACCGGAUCUCAAUGCAGGAGAGGCGACGAGAAAUCAUCCAGGGCCUAAAAAAACUCCCAGAACAGAUUAAGGAGGUGUUGGCCAUGGACAAGGAUAUCCUCCGUCUGGCCAAAGAACUGUACGAACAGAAAUCCCUUCUCGUCAUGGGCCGCGGUUACAACUUUGCUACAUGUCUCGAGGGAGCAUUGAAAAUCAAGGAGCUGACCUACAUGCAUUCAGAGGGCAUCCUGGCAGGAGAGUUGAAACAUGGCCCCCUGGCACUUGUAGACAAAUCCAUGCCAGUACUGAUGAUAGUCACCCGGGACAAAGUGUACAAGAAGUGCUUGAAUGCUCUGCAGCAAGUGAAGGCUAGACAUGGUCGGCCAUAUUUAAUAUGUACGGAAGGUGAUGAUGAGCCUGGUCUGCUGGGGUCACGUGUGAUACCCGUGCCUCACACAGUGGACUGCCUUCAGGGCGUCCUCACUGUCAUACCCAUGCAACUGCUGUCCUUCCACAUGGCUGUGCUCCGCGGAUAUGACGUGGAUUGUCCGCGAAACCUCGCCAAGAGUGUGACAGUGGAGUAACCAAUCAUUGCUACAUGUUGACCAACCACGAAAUCUGCUGAAAGUUCACACUCACUAGUUUAUAGACACUGUGUUACCUUGGGGACCAACCAUCACCAUAGCAACACCAGUCACGGUAGCAUCACCAGCUGGUUGACACUGUUAUGGAAACCAACAACACAGCUCAUUGUUUCAAUAGAUGGCAAUCAUCAUGACCUUGUCGUUUUACAUAUGAAUUUGACAUUUUGUAUGAUGUAUUACUUCACCUUCAUCUUCAAGCUUGUUAUUUAAUGGUUGUAGAAAUAUAUUGGAAUGAAUCUCUCAUCAAUAUAAAGAACUGUGCAAUUGAUGUCUUAAUGUCAAAACAAGGUGUCCAUCUAAACCAAUCAGAAUUGUUUGUCAUUGAUAUAAAGUAUGAUCAAUUCAUUUGUGAUAGCAAAAAUAGUAUUGUGUGCCUUUUCUAAACUUAACAUUAUCUAGUAUACAAAAAUAUGCUAUCAUUUGGGGCUCUUAUCACAUCCUGUGAUGGUUCUAAUAAUAUUAUGUGUAGUGUUGUAAAACUUGCAAUUAUGGUAUUAAUGUUGUGAAAAAAACACUUUAUGCCUAUAAAAACAGAAUCUGUUACCAAAACUUAAUUCAAGUUACUUCAAAAAAUCUAAAUAUAAUAGAUUUAUAAAAUUAGGCUUGCAGUAGUAUCAACUGUUAUUUUACAUGAAAUCAUUGGCAAUAUAAUAGAUGAACCUUGGAAUAUUCCAUGAUUUGCGGUAUCACAUAUUGUCAAGUAUUGUAAAGGUAGCUAUCUAAAAUAUCUCACUGAAUAUAUCUCAGCAGCACGUUGUGUUCACAUGGAAUUUUUUAUGGCAGCCAAAAUUGUAAUACCUUAUGUUUAGUGCAUAUAUUGCAGUUUUACGGUAUUGUUUCACAUGGACAUAUUGCAGUUUUACGGUAUUGUUUCACAUGGACAUUUUGUGCCAUUUUGUCUGUGUGUCAUUUUAUAAACCUGUUAGUUAUCUGUGUCGCUUAAUGAGUUGUGUUGUUUUCUGUUUUAGUAGCUGUACAACCGUGAUAUAUCUUAUUCAAGAAGUAACCAGUGAUGUUUUAUUUUAUUUAACAUAGUAUUUAUUUUUAUUAUUUUAUUUCAUGGUCCUUCUAACCUGUUAUAUAUUAUGUUUUGUUUAGCAUUCGUUGUAUAAAGGUCUUUUCCAGCUACAAUUUCUUGGUAAAAAGUUACGAAUUGUCCCAAGUAUAAAUCUAGAAUCAUUUUCAGAAAAAAAAUAAGUUUUAAAAUACUUAUAUUGCCUUCUCAAAAGGUGUGUGUGUAAAUAAUUGAAACAUUCUUUAGUCAUAUUUUCAGCAAUUUUCAAGGUCAAUGCUUUGAACUAAGGAGAUUUACAAUAAGAUUAAAAUAUUCAGUUUUAUCUCGGACUCGGGCCUUUCUUGUCUUGUUGAAGCUUUUUGAUAUUUAUACAAGACACUUGGAAUAUUUGGGAGACAUUGGGCUGAUUGUUCUAAACAUUUAAAGUUAACAAUUUUGUUAACAUCAUCGUUGUUAACUUUCAAGUCUUGACUACUCUGGAAGUGUAAUGGUUUCUGUGACUUGCGACUUGCUGAAUUUCUAACAUGUUUUGAGACAACUGUUAGAGCUGUACUUGUUGUGUUCAAAUAUAUGAGCACCUCAAAAAAAAGUUCAUGUUUAAAAGUCAACAAUAAUGUUGUUAAUCAUGUUGUUCUGAACAAUAUCUUCACUGCAUUAGACAGAGGGGAUGAAUUACGAGGGCAUGAAAUAUGUAGGUCUCUCCUGGUAUUUGCUCACAUGUGUAAAUAAAAAGAUGUGUAAAUUAACAAUAAGAAUGUUAUUAAUACAUCUUCUGAACAUCUCUUGCUUGGUAUUAAGUUUUAAACAUAGCAUCAAUUCAUCCUUCAUUCUUAAUUAGUCUGUAGAUAUUUCUCCAAGUGGGUUGGUAUUUUUGCAUUAACAAUCAUACCAUAAUUUGUGUUAACAUUUUAUCAUGAAUUAAUAUUUUUUUGCCUAGAUAUGUAGAUAAAUAAAAUUUCAUACACUGAUUCCUGGUAUCACCUGGAUAUAUUGCACUGUUGUAUAUUUGGGCAAACUAAUGGCAUUUGCCAUUUUGGCAUUUUAUACGUUGUAUUGACACAUGGAUGCUGUAUAUACAUGUUGUUAAAUCUAAUCUCUUCUUCACUUCAAAAUAUGCUGCGCUUUGGCAAAAUAGUUUUAUGAAACAUUUUGUUAUUGUAACAAGUACUUUGCUUAAAAAAUGUUGUGCUUCGGCAAAGUAGUUUUAAGAAACCUUCUGUCAUUGGAACAAGAACACACAUGUAUGCAGACAUUAUUGAAGUUAUAAUCUUGGAUAGUAGAUAUGGUAGAAAAUAUAUUUGCAUUAUAUAUUAUUGAUAAAGGUCAUUGAAGAUAUGUUCAUAAAAAUAAACAGUAAAGGAAA